CGUCUCCAAAAUUAAGAUGGAGAGAAGGAGAAGGGUCUCCAACAUCCUUUCCCUUCUCCUUGCCUGGCCUCCUCCUCCUCCUCCUCCUCGUUCUUCUCUCCCUACCAUCUGGGAGCGUGCGGAGAUGGGACCGUACCCGUUCGGAUCGGGCACGGCCGCCAGCGGGUGGACAGACGCCGAAUCCAGCCAGCAGUCCUCCGCCUCCGAGAUCGACGGCCUCCUUGUGGGCGCCGGCUACCGCGUCCGAUCAUCGGAUCUGCGCCACGUGGCGCAGAGCCUUGAGCGGCUGGAAUCGGCCAUUGGCGGGGCCCCCGCCGAUCACCUCGCCGCCGCCGAGGCCGUCCACUACAACCCCUCCGACCUCACCGCCUGGGUCGACUCCAUGCUCUCCGAGCUCGCCCCUUCCCGUCGGCCGCCGGGGCCUCUUCCAGCCUCCCCGACCGCCGAAACGUGGCCGGAUCCCACGUACUUUCCCCUCCCUCCUCAACCGCAUCAGAUGGCCGUCGUCGCCGCCGGCUCCCGGCAGCGGGAGGAAGAGGAGGAGGACUCCGCCAUCCGGUUAGUUCAUCUCCUCAUGAGCUGCGCCGACGCCGUCCAGCGCGGCGACUCCGGCUUGGCGGGGACCAUCACCGACGAGAUGCGGAUCGCACUCACGCGUGUGAACACCGGCUUCGGGAUCGGGAAGGUCGCCGGGUAUUUCGUCGACGCCCUCUGUCGGCGGAUCUAUUCGCUCUCCUUCUCCUCCUCCAUCUCCGUUGCCGGAUCGGCGUCGGAAUAUGAGAUCCUCUACCACCACUUUUACGAGGCCUGCCCCUACCUCAAGUUCGCCCACUUCAUGGCGAAUCAGGCGAUUUUGGAGGCCUUCGACGGCUAUGACCGCGUCCACGUCAUCGAUUUCAACCUGAUGGAUGGCCUCCAGUGGCCGGCCCUGAUCCAGGCGCUCGCUCUCCGCUCCGGCGGGCCACCCUUCCUCCGCCUCACCGGCAUCGGGCCACCCUCUCCGGACGGCCGGGACGCGCUCCGCGAGGUUGGCCUCCGCCUCGCCGAGCUCGCGCGCUCGGUCCGCGUCCGGUUCGCCUUCCGCGGGGUCGCCGCAUCCCGGCUGGACGACGUGCGGCCGUGGAUGCUCCAGGUUGUCCCAGGGGAGGCCGUGGCUGUCAACUCGGUCCUGCAGCUCCACCGCCUACUCCGCGACCCGGGUGAUGAUGCCGCCGCGCCGAUCGACUCGGUCCUGGGCUGGAUGGUGGGACUCCGGCCCAAUAUCGUGACUGUGGUGGAGCAGGAGGCGGAUCACAACAAGCCGGCCUUCCUGGACCGGUUCACCGAGGCGCUCUUUUACUACUCCACCAUGUUCGACUCUUUGGAGGGCGGCAGAUGUGCCGCCCAGCAGCUGCAGCAGCAGCAGCAGACGACGAUGGCGGCGGAGUUGUACCUCCAGCGGGAGAUCUGCAACAUCGUGUGCUGCGAGGGGGCGGCCCGGCUGGAGCGGCACGAACCGCUCGCGACGUGGCGGGCCCGGCUGGGCCGUGCCGGUCUGAAGGCGGUCCACCUCGGGUCCAACGCCUUCAAGCAGGCCAGCAUGUUGCUGACCCUCUUCUCCGGAGAGGGCUACGGCGUCCAAGAGGUGGAUGGUUGCUUGACGCUCGGGUGGCAUAGCCGUCCCCUCAUCUCCGCCUCCGCCUGGCGGGCCGACGAUAACGUGGCGCCACCGCCGGAUAACCAACUCUUCAGCUCUAGCGUUACUGCCAGUGUUCCUGCCAGUACUAUUAGCAGCAGCGAUAAUAAUAGUAUUAACUUUUAGUAGUCGAUAAAUAACAGCAGCUGCUCUGCUGCUAAUAAUCAGCAUAAUUAUAGUAUGGUAGCGGUAACAGUACCGUCAUCGGGUUGUAAAGUAUCGGUAUCGCCAUUUUAUCUCAUCGCCAUUGUCAUUAAUUAAUUUCAAACCUUGGUCGCCUUCCUUC